UCUCGUCGGUUGAUGUUAUCCCUCUUCCAGCUAGCCAACUGCAGCCAGACGGUUCAAAUCCCGUACAUGCCACCUGCGACGGCAGCCGCCCACGAUGCCAUGUUCGGCUUUCUGGUAAUACCAAACGGAACAUCCGAAGCCUUCGGCUUCAAGGCUUGUCGCUCGCCUCCAAAGAGUACCGGCUUUCCUGUAUCGCUGUUCUCGACAGGAGCGGGGACUUCCCGCCUAGUAUACAGCUUCCUCCCUAAGUGGGUCGCCUCCAUAGGGUUCAACGUGGUUUCGAUCGACCAUACCUACGAUGCGCAUUAGUGGAAUUUCCAGGCGGCACCAUCCUUCCAGCCGCGAACAUAACGGAC